UCUAUCUUUCUUAGCACUCAAAACAACACUACCAACUUUUCUUCUUACUAAUGAUUGCUGCCAUUGCAGUGUCGGAAGAAAAUUCAUAAAGAGUAGUCUGCAUUCAGCAAUUGUCGGAAUAUUGCUUCAAAUCAGAACCUGAGUCUCGCCAUUGCUACAAGUCCAUAGAGAUGAAGUUUUUCAUCUCAGUUUUGUUUCUUUUUGUCCUCUUUUCUUAUGCAGCUGCAUAUGAUCCUUUGGAUCCAAAUGGAAAUGUAACAAUCAAAUGGGAUAUUGUGUCUUGGACACCUGAUGGCUAUGUGGCAGUGGUUACAAUGAACAAUUUUCAAAUGUAUCGGCACAUCAUGAGUCCUGGUUGGACCUUGGGGUGGACAUGGGCUAAGAAAGAAGUAAUAUGGUCCAUGGUAGGGGCUCAAACUACUGAGCAAGGUGAUUGCUCAAAGUUCAAAGGAAAUAUACCUCACUGCUGCAAGAAAACCCCCACGGUUGUAGACUUGCUCCCUGGUGUUCCCUACAAUCAACAAUUCACCAAUUGCUGCAAAGGUGGAGUGCUUGCAGCAUGGGGUCAAGAUCCUCAAUCUGCUGUCUCUGCUUUCCAAAUUAGUGUUGGAUUAGCCGGUACUUCAAACAAGACUGUCAAACUUCCCAAGAACUUCACUUUACUUGGUCCGGGACCAGGUUACACUUGUGGUCCUGCAAAGGUCGUGCCAUCGACCACUUUUCUCACCCCAGAUCGCCGACGAAAAACUCAGGCCCUAAUGACAUGGAAUGUGACCUGCACUUAUUCGCAAUUUCUAGCUCGGAAAAACCCGAAUUGUUGUGUCUCUUUCUCGUCUUUCUACAAUGAAACCAUCACUCCUUGCCCAACUUGUGCAUGUGGAUGCCAGAACAAGAACAACUGUGUCAAGAGUGAUUCCAAGUUUCUUAAAAUGGUAGGAUUGAACACACCAAGGAAAGAUAAUGCUCCACUGCUUCAAUGCACGCACCACAUGUGCCCUGUGCGAGUACACUGGCAUGUCAAGCUCAACUACAAAGAGUACUGGCGAGUUAAGGUAUCGAUUACCAACUUCAACUACCGGAUGAACUACACGCUAUGGAGCCUUGUUGUCCAGCACCCUAAUCUUAACAACGUAACACAAGUUUUCAGCUUCGAUUACAAGCCGCUGGUUCCUUAUGAAUCAAUCAAUGACACAGGGAUGUUCUAUGGCAUGAAGUACUACAAUGACCUGUUGAUGGAAGCAGGGCCAUUAGGAAAUGUUCAAUCAGAGGUGCUUCUGAGGAAGGACAAGGAUACCUUUACUUUCAAACAAGGAUGGGCAUUUCCCAGGAAAGUGUAUUUCAAUGGUGAUGAAUGCAUGCUCCCUCCACCUGAUACAUACCCAUUUCUACCAAACUCUGCCCAUCAACACCUAUCCUUCACCAGCUUUACAUUCAUUGCUGCAAUGUUUUUCUUAUUUGUAACCUUUUGGUGAUCGUUUCUCAUGUUGUAUGAGCACAAAUGACAGCGAGAAAGUACACAAUUUUACAAUUUUCGAAAUUGUUUCAAUGAAUCGGAAAAGGGAUUUUGUAACAAAAUUGUAGCACAAUGGAAUCUGGGUAUGUCAGCAAAGUUGUAUGCGCCCCUUCAUAACAAA